AUGCUGAUCACGGGCACCGCUCAUCCUCCCGCUGGUGCCACUGGUCUCAACGUCGCAGUCCAAUCACACGUGGUAACACUAUCCUGGCGCUAUCUGCCCACUAUCCUUGCCUCAUCGCUCAUUAUGCUCGGGUGGACCCUAAUCAUCAACAAUGUCGGGCGCCGCCGUUAUCCGCUUCAUUGGUGGGCACCCGGUCCGACGUUUGUCUGUGUUGACGAUGACUCGGAGCUGGAAAACGCAGAAGAAGGAGAAGUUGAACGAGAAGAGAUGGAGGAGCGUGAUCUCGAAAAAGAAAGUACUGCUGCUAGCGAUACACUAUCUGAGGAUCGUAGAAAGCAUGGAGAAGUUGCGCGCAGUCGGUCCCUCAGAGACAUGGAUCCGGAGAAGAUCCAGAUGGAACCAGCAUCUUUGCAAAGCGCUUUCGAUGCGUCGCCGGGAGAGUUCUCGAACCGUCGGCUGAGUUCUAGUGGAGAGCGCUAUCACUUGGACUAG